AUGAGCUCUUCGCCCACGGAGCACGAGGGGAGCUCUCCUGGUGGUGAUAGCAGUAGUCCGGCGACUGCAGCCGACGAUGCUGCCGCGGCUUCCACGCCUGAUGACCACCAUGCCGCCGCAGCCGACGAACACGCAGAAGAAGCCGAUCCCACCACCCACCCGGGCACGGCGUCGGCUCCGGCAAUGCGCACGGGCGAGGGCCGGAGUGGACCGCGGUCGAGGAACGGCUGCUGGACGUGCCGCACCAAGAAGGUUAAGUGUGACGAGCAGAGGCCGAACUGCCACCGCUGCACCCGCUUGCGGCUCCUGUGCGAUUAUGCACCCCGCAUGAAGCUCACCAAGCGAGGCAAGAAAAGCAAGGAUCGGCUGCUAUCAUCCGUCUCGUCGGCUGCGUUUGGAGAGGUGAGGUCGCCCGGCUUGCCGAGCUGGGCGCAGGCCGUCGCGGACCUGGACCAGAGCAAGACGCUCUCGCUCUUCAACCCGUCGGCUCCGGCUACGGGCGUAUGCGCGUUGGAUCUGUCGUCGGCUGAUCACGAGGCGAUCCGCUACUUUCGCACGAGCUUUGCUAAGCUCAAUCACACCAAGAACCCGGACUUCUCGCUGUACUCCAUCAUGUUCGACAUUGCGCAGACGGAUCCCAUGGUCAUGCACGUGGUCCUCGCUCUGGGCGGAAGAGAGCUGGAGUUCCGCCGCAACAAGGAUGCUGAGGAAGCCCGGGGCCCGAGAACGCCUCUGCAGCAUUACUCGUCGGCGUUGAGAAUGAUGGCUGACACCAUUGGCAGCGACGGUAACGAUCCGCUGGAUCUCGAUUCAGUCUGCACGGCGUUGUAUCUCAUGCUGCUCUAUGAGCAAAAGUAUGGUGACGGAAAGUGCCAGGGUCUUUCAAACCAUCUCACCGGCGCAAGCUUGAUACUCCAACAUCGAUUCAAAGAUCUGCUUCUCCAACUACCGGCCCCCUCGCCCGAGACCAGCAGGAAAAGCUUAGCCCUUACCCGGCGGGGCCAAGACGAGAACGGAUCGCGGCUGUCGCUGUACUCGGCGCGCAUGCUGGUCUGGAUUGCCCUGCAUGAUGCAGCUGCAGCAUCGUACGGGCUAGGCGGGCAGUUGAACUGCGCUCUGCACAAGAUCAUGGGCGCCCUGGAUGCCAGCAACGGCAUCACUCGGACCGGGAUCCCCAACAGUCCUUUCCAGCCGCUCGACAGCUUCGAGAGGUUGCAUCGCUUCUCGAACCCGCUGUACCGCAGCAUGUGGGCAGAUGCGUAUCCUCAAGCCGAGCUUCUAGACGACGUCGAGAACCGCAACGUGUACGCAUUCCUCGGCGCGUGCAGCCAGCUGCGCUUCAUGAUUGCCCAGCUUGCGAACCUGUCAAACGACGAGGACGAAGCUUCGCAACAACAGCGCAUCAUGGCAGUGGACAUGACCAUCCAGCAGGUUGGCUGGAAGUUCACCGAGCUCCUCGAAGUCGCAGCGGAACUGUCCAUCAGCACGGACAACUCCCACCGUCUCGUCGCCAACAUCCGCGGCAUCGUCCCACACUACCAUGCCGUCGUACUCGAGUUCCUCCGCCUGACUCGCUUCAACGAGACCCCGAUGCUCUCCACACGCCAACGCAAUGCCCUCCGCGAGAUCAUGAACCUGGCUUUCCAGGCCUUCAAGCACGAAGGCGACGAGUCCAUGACACGCAUCGCGUGGCCGCUGUUCAUGGUCGCGCUGGAGACGGAUGACUUGCUGCACCGGGAGUGGGUGCUCAGCCGGUUCCAGGGCAUGAGUCGGUUCGGCAAGAACCUCGACCGCGCUCAUGCCUUCUUGAAAGAGAUUAUUGAGAUGCAGAAUAAGCUGGGCAGACGAGUUGAUGUGCGCGAGCGGUUCCAGUCCGGCGAGGUGGGGUUGUUUGUUAUCUGA